UCACUCUCAGUGAAGCAUUCAGUGAAGAAGCUUCUCCCCUCUCUCUCUCUCUCUCUCUCUCGUUCUCUGUCUGUCUCCCUCUCUUUAAACAAUCAUCGGUUUCUCUCUCUGUAGUUUUGGUUUUAAAAUUAGUGAAAAAGGAAAUGUCUGCUAUUAUUGUAUUGUUGGUGGGUCUAGUCGUGCUUGCUGGUUCAGUUAACUCAGCUAAAUUUGAUGAGCUCUAUCAAGCAUCAUGGGCUCUUGAUCACUUCAUCUAUGAAGGAGAACUUCUUAAGCUCAAGCUUGAUAACUAUUCUGGUGCUGGGUUUCAAUCUAAAAGCAAAUACAUGUUUGGGAAAGUAACCAUACAAAUUAAGCUUGUGGAGGGUGAUUCUGCUGGAACUGUGACUGCCUUCUAUAUGUCAUCAGACGGUCCAAGUCACAAUGAGUUUGACUUCGAGUUCCUGGGUAACACAACAGGUGAACCUUACCUGGUUCAGACCAAUGUGUAUGUUAAUGGCGUAGGUAACAGGGAACAAAGAUUGAACCUUUGGUUUGACCCUACUAAGGACUUUCACUCCUACUCCAUCCUCUGGAAUCAGCACCAAGUUGUAUUUCUAGUGGAUGACACUCCAAUCAGAUUGCACACCAAUAUGGAAAACAAGGGAAUUCCUUUCCCUAAAGAUCAACCAAUGGGUGUAUAUAGCUCAAUCUGGAAUGCAGAUGACUGGGCUACACAAGGUGGCCGUGUCAAGACCGACUGGACCCAUGCGCCAUUCAUUGCGUCCUACAAGGGUUUUGAAAUUGAUGCAUGUGAGUGCCCAGUAACAGUGGCAGCAGCUGAUAAUGCUAAGAAAUGUAGCAGUAAUGGUGAGAAGAGGUACUGGUGGGAUGAACCAACAUUGGCUGAGCUCAAUUGGCACCAGAACCAUCAGCUCUUGUGGGUUAAGGCUAACCAUAUGAUCUAUGACUACUGCACCGACACUGCAAGGUUUCCUGCCACCCCUGCCGAGUGCCUGCACCAUCGCCACUAGUUUUAUGUAAUGCCACGUAGUGUAAUGGUUACGGAGACGGGUUUCCAGGGUUGUAAAAAAAGAAGUGAAAAGAUGGGGGGAGGUGAAUCAGAAGUAUCACAUUAAACAUGUGCUCCAUGUUUCAUAUUUUGGUUCUUCAGAUUGUAUGAUAUUAUGAUAGAUUAAUAUAUCAUUUGUUCUUUCUUUUCUCAA